UCGGGAGCGUCCUGGCCUGGCCUCCGGAGGCUUCCUGGGGUCGCAUGUGCGAUUGGGAAGCGCGGGGCUGGGGUUGGGGGCUCCAUGCCCCCAGCCCCUGGCUCAUACUCAGUCUCCUGCUGUCAGCGAUGCCCCUGGGGCUCCUGGGCGAGGAGACUCGCCAGGUCUCGCUAGAGGUCGUUCAGGAUGGGAUGGACCCCAAGCAGAACCUACUCCAUAUCCGGGCAGUGGGCACCAACUCCACUCUGCAUUACAUAUGGAGCACCUUGGGGCCACCAGCCGUCCUGGUCGUGGCCACCAACACCUCCACGAGUUUGCUAAGUGUCAACUGGAGCCUUCUACUCUCUCCUGAGCCGGAAGGGGGCCUGAUGGUGCUUCCCCAAAACAGCAUCCGCUUUUCUUCUGCCAUCAUCUUUACCAGGUUGUUCGAGUUUGAUGGCACCAACACCUCUGACACGUCCACAGAUCCCCCUGGGAAACCAUACCCUCCAUACUCCUUGGCUGAAUUCUCCUGGAACAACAUCAGUGACUCACUAGAUGUGGCCAACCUGAGCGCCAUGUUUCAAGGCUGUCUCACAAAUGACUCUGCUUUUGCCAAUGGCAGUUUGAUCUUCAGGGUACAGGCCUUCUCCAAAUCUGGCCGACCUCUCCAGCCUCCUCGCCUGCUGCACACAGCAGACACUAGCCAGCUCGAAGUCUCCCUGGUUGGGGCCAAGCCCCGGGGGAACCGGUCUUUGUUUGGGCUGGAGAUGGCCAUUGUGAGUAAGAGCCCCGACUGCCCAGCCAUGCGGGAGCAGCACUCCAUUGAUGACGAGUAUAAUCCUGCUAUCUUCCAGAUGGAUCAACUGUUCUGGGGAUCCCUCCUACCUGGCUUCAUUCAAUGGCGUCCUGUGGCUUUCUCACAGAAACGGGGCAGUCGAGACUCGGCCCUCCCCUGCCGAGCGUCCCAUCCUUACCCUACCAUGGCCUAUCUCCUCCCUCAGUCACCCAUUUCUCGUGCCUUCUUUGGGUCCCAGAGCAGCAUGUGUGCCUUAAAUCUGACAUUUGGGGCUGCCACUGGCCCUGGCUACUGGGAUCAAUACUACCUCAGCUGGUCGAUGAUUCUGGGUGUUGGCACCCCUCCAAUGGACACCUUCUCUCCUCUAGUUCUGGGCAUCAUGGCAGUGGCCCUGGGUGCCCCUACGCUUAUGCUCCUGGCUGGAGGCCUAUUUUUGAUGUUGGGCCCCAAGCAGUACUCAGAAUACCAGGCUAUAAAUUGAAGCCUGUCAAAGCCAGAAAGAAUACAGAGGGGAAGGCACUUGUCUUGCACCUGGUUGAUGCAGGUUGGAUUGCCAGCAGAGCAUAAGAUGCCUUGAGCACCAUCAGGAGUGAUACCUGAGUACUGCUGGGUAUGGCGCAAAAAUAAGGAAAAAAUAUUGCAGCCCUUCUUCGGAAGGUACAUAGCUAAAUCUGCCUGGCUGAUAGGAAGUGUUGCAUAUUUGAGUGAUAGAUAAAUUGCCUUCCAUAUUGUUACUUUGUAAAACCUCACACCAACUUCAAUGUCAGUGUUCUGGAAAUUUCCAGGUGGGGCCUCCUUCUGGCCCUGGAGAGAAACCAGAAGCAGGAUUGUUAAUAGAGGGGGGGGGUCCCCGCAAUUGCCCUCCUGCUCCUUUAUUCUCACCCCUGUUUCCUUUGGACCUCUCCUAUAAGAUUGGCCUUGGCGCAUUAGCUGCCCCAGAAAAAUAUGAAAUAAAUUUAUUUUUUCCACA